CAGGACCACCACCAUCCACAUGCCUACCAACAGCACCAUCAUCCACACCAUCUUCAUCACGGUCACUGACAUCAUCUUCCUCCUCCUCUACAAAACUGCUGUCAGACCCGACCUCUUCCCCAUCAUCCUUAUCAGCACAUGGUGCUGCUGUGGCUGUCUGUGUGGUUCUGAUUGGUGUUGCUCUGCUGCUGGGGAUCAUCAUCUACAUGCAGAGGAGAAAGAGGACAAGAGAAUCUUCCCACCCAUCAGUCAGUCCAUCAAACAUUACUGGUAGAGACACAACAGGAGAAACACAGAUUCCUCUCACAGAUGGCGUGUAUGAGGAGAUUAAAGACACCAGACACCCUCGACCCUCUGGGCCUGUAGACCUCACAUCCACUCCUGUUUAUGCCUUGGCUCAAUUACCCACAAGCCCCUCUGAUGACCCUACAUACACCACUGCUCAAUUACCCACAGGCCCCUCUGAUGAUGCUCCAUAUUCUCUUGCUCAAUUACCCACAAACCCCUCUGUUGAUGGUCCAUAUUCUCUUGCUCAGUUACCCACAAACCCCUCUGAUGAUGGUCCAUAUUCUCUUGCUCAAUUACCCACAAACCCCUCUGUUGAUGGCUCAUAUUCUCUUGCUCAGUUACCCACAAACCCCUCUGAUGAUGGUACAUAUUCUCUUGCUCAAUUACCCACAAACCCCUCUGAUGAUGGUACAUAUUCUCUUGCUCGAUUUCCCACAAGCCCCUCUGAUGAUGGUACAUAUUCUCUUGCUCGAUUUCCCACAAGCCCUUGUGAUGACCCCAUAUCUUCUACUGCUGCAUUACCCACAAUCCCCUCUGGUGAUGCCACCUACACCAACCAACAACCCCUGCUAAAAUAGAGGCCUGCUAUGAGUUCACAGUAAUACGAAUUUAAAAUUAUAUUCACCACAUAAUCUUACUUUAUCUUAGUCUUCUUGGUUUUAGUAUUACAGUGUAGCCUACCACACAUUCAGCCUCUAAUCCCUAUUUUCCACAAUGACCAAAACUAGCCCUUUACUCCCAAACAAUAUCACCCCCUCCCUUCAUCUCUAUUGGA